AUGUAUUGGCCAUUUGCUCCUGCGUCAGAUGCUUGGAGGCAAUCUCUUGGAUCCCCUUUGAUGCACACGUGCUCAAAGGCUGAUUUCGACAUGUUGUUUACCAGCGCUGCGUUAUAUGCUUGGAAACAACCUCUUGGAUCCCCUUUGAUGCAUGCGUGCUUAAAGGCUGAUUUCGACAUGUUGGUUACCAGUAUACUUUUUAUUGGCGCAUUCUUUCUCUCUGACAAGAUGUAUGAUUCCACUAUUGAAGAAUAUCUCAACACUACCAAAUACAAUGAAUGGUCAAUCCUAUCUAUCUUGAAAUACACAGAAUCCAAGCAUGGUUUAUGUAUUGAUAAUGUCAACAUCCUCAAGGAUGAGAUCUACACAACGUUACGACGCCACUACCAUCGAGAAAAUAUGCAACAAAGAGCGAUCAGUAAAUUGGACAAACUUUUAAAAAGUUAUGAUAAGUAUUUCAAUGCAAUGGAAGUUGAACAAUUUAUGAAUGAGCUUCGAAAAAAAGAAGAAGAAAGAAAUUUGCAUACAUCAAUACGUCGAAAUAUGAUAGUUUCCUACAAUGUGGAGGCACUUAAAGAUCAUCACCAGAAUAAGAAGGUAUUAAAGAAUUUAUACGAAGAAGAUGAUCUUGACAGUAUGGCAAUAAACGAAGUAGAAAAGCAAAAUGAAAAUGCAAGUGAUGUCGUCUCAGAAAAAGAUAUCUUUGAUUUUGAUGUGGAUGAUGAUACUGAUGAUCAAAUGCAAGAACUUGAAGCAACAACAAAUAUGAGAGAGGAUGAGUCCGAUAACAAAUGGAUUCUUUCAACAGGGAAAGACGUUUAUAAGGUUUUAAACGAGUUUAAAUCAAAAAUUCCGCUGACAAAGGCUUAUCUCUACCCAGCAUACUUUGGGAUUCUCGACUUGUCCGGAGAAGAACCAGAAAUCAAGGGAUUAUUUACUGUUGAAGAAUGGGCCGAAAUGAAGGCAGACUUUAACAAGACAGUGGUGCUUAAGGAAACGGAUCCAAAGGAGGAAGAGUUACUCUAUGACUUGUUUGACAAAAUUGAGAAGGUACUUAAGAGAAAAUCAGACGAUAUUGUCACGGAUAUAGAAGAAUGUAUCAUUAAGGGACAUCCAAAGAUAAAUGUAAUAAAGACUGAUUCAAACAUAUAUACAGUGCUUACAAUCUGGAUCGGUCAAAGAGGAGAAAUACAAAGUCUUGCAUCAGCGAUGAUUGCAAACCUAAAUAAGAAACUAGUUGACAGGUCGUUGAUUGGGCAACGUUGUGAUUUCAGGAUCACUUGUGAUGGUUUUGAGGCAGUCAUUGGACUGCGAUCAGGAGGAUUACCCGAAGCUUGUAGUUCAAAAAGAUGGAAUGAUAAAGUUGACCUUAUGGUUGCUAUGCGCGAUGUCUUGCUCCAAGAAGCAAUAGAAAACAAUGGUGUGGAAUGUACAGACUUUAGGAAUUUGUUUUUAUUACAACUUGUACGCAUUGGAUUGGAAAGCAAAAGGUCUAUGGCGGUUAGGCCUCAUGAAGAAACAAAAUUACCUCAAUCGAACAAUCAAUUAUUAAUAAUUGAAAAGUUAACAACAUUGCUGUUGCGAAUUGAGUCAACUCUGAACUACAUUAUAACUAUUCGGAAUGAGCUGGCAGUCAAGGCGUCACGGUUGCACCGAGAUCGACGCAGCUCAAUUCAUCCUAAACCAUACACAUUUUCUGAGCAAGGAUGUGUGAGGCGUAAACGUAUUCAAAAAGAUAGUCAAAAUUUACUUUAG